AUGUUUGGCGUUUCUCUUGGCCUGCCCUUCUCAGGUCCCGAGCGCAGAGGGGGCGUACGUCUCCGUGACAUACCCCCCAGUCUGGUUGGGCAACUUGGACAUGAAGGACGACCAGUCCAUCGCGGGCGGAAUUACGGCGCGCGGCUCCCGCUGGGGUUACCACUGGUCCUCCUGCAGGCGCUGCUGUUCGUGGCGGCGUUCGCGUUUCUGCCGCCCUUCGUGCCACGGGUCGCCGCCAACUCGCUGAUCGCGGCAUCGCUGUGCAUCGGGGUCUGCGUGGCGCCGCUCCCGCUGCAGAUGCUCCAGUACUUUACCACCGACCGCUCCGCGCCAGAGCAGGUAGUCGCCAUCGUCUUGUGGCUGGCCUUUUUCCUCUGCCUGUUCUACCCGCUGUCCCAGUGGAUCUUCAUGUCCUUGAUGCGCGGAGCGGGCACCCUGGCUGGCCACGCGCUGCGCCAGUGGCGGGGCGGCCGAGGAUCGGUUGCCGCAUACUCCUCCGGGACGCAGCCCGUUGGCCAGCGAGCAGAACAGUUGCCACGUCUCCAGGAUCCGGAGCCCUCGAGCCUGUCGCGGGAGCACUCGCGGCUCUCCAGGCAGCUCCUGUGA